AUGGCGUCUGCCUUGGACGAUGAUGAGAUAUCCAGUGAUGACUACUAUUCCCUUCUAAAUGUUCGGCGAGAUGCAACACAAGACCAAUUGAAGGCAGCGUACCGGCGAUUAUGUAUGUUAUACCACCCAGACAAGCAUCGAGAUCCAGAACUAAAGCGACAAGCAGAGCAGCUUUUCAACCUUGUACAUGAAGCUUACGAAGUGCUCAGCGAUCCACAGGCACGGGCAAUCUAUGAUAUUUAUGGCAAGCGCGGACUUGAUGUGGAUGGAUGGGAGGUGGUGGAGAGAAAAAGAACUCCUGCAGAGAUUCGAGAGGAGUACGAGCGUCUUCAGAAGGAGCGAGAGGAAAGGAGACUGCAGCAAAGGACCAACCCUAAGGGCACAAUUAGUGUCGGCAUUGACGCCACAGACCUCUUUGAUCGUUAUGAUGAGGACUAUGAGGACAUGGUUGGUGGCAGCGUCCCACACGUGGAAAUCAACAAGAUGCAUAUAUCACAAUCCAUAGAGGCCCCACUUACCACAACUGAUACGGCUAUUUUGUCUGGUUCUUUGUCCACACAUAACGGAAAUGGAGGCGGCACUAUCAACUUGGCCCUGAGGAGAGUCACCUCAGCUCAGGGUUGGGGCGAGAUAGAGCUUGGCGCCGGUGACACACACGGACCUCUCUUUGGAAUGAAGAUAUUCCGAAAUUUGACUCCACGCCUCUAUGUGACAGCGCAGUGUGGCCUCCAGUUUUCGUCCCGAGGUGUGCGUCCUGGCAUCACCACAGUGCUGGCUCGUCAUCUUGACAAGAACACAAUGGGUUACCUGCAGUGGCGUUGGGGGAUUCAGUCCUCCAUGAACACCAGCAUAGUCAGGGACACCAAGAGCAGCAAUUUUACAUUUGCAGUGCAGCUCGGCAUUCCACACACUUUUAUGAUGAUGAGCUACCAGUACAAGUUCCAGGAUGAAGACCAGACAAAAAUUAAAGGCUCCUUAAAGUCCGGUUUCUUUGGGACGGUGCUGGAGUAUGGCGCCGAGAGAAAAAUCAGUCGACACAGCAUUUUGGGGGCCACGGUCAGCGUCGGGGUGCCUCAAGGAGUCUCACUCAAGGUCAAACUAAACAGAGCCAGCCAGACGUAUUUCUUCCCUAUUCACCUGACUGACCAGCUCCUGCCAAGUGCCGUGUUUUACGCCACAGUUGGACCACUGGUCUUCUACCUCGCCAUGCAGCAACUCGUUAUCCGGCCGUACGUGCGGGCCCAGAAGGAACAAGACUUGGAGAAGCAGCGCGAGAGCUCAGCCUCUAACAUAGCCAAGAAGAAACAAGAGGCAGAGGCAGCGGUCUUGCUCAUGCAGGAGUCAGUGCGGAGGAUUAUUGAAGCCGAGGAGUCUCGAAUGGGUCUCAUCAUCCUCAAUGCCUGGUACGGCAAGUUCGUGACUGAUAACAGUCGAAAACACGAGAGGGCAAAGGUAAUUGACGUAAGCGUGCCCCUGCAGUGUCUGGUGAAAGACUCCAAACUCAUCCUGACUGAGGCUGCAAAGUCAGGGCUCCCUGGUUUCUAUGACCCCUGUGUAGGGGAAGAAAAAAGCCUAAAGGUGCUGUAUCAGUUCCGCGGUGUCAUGCAUCAAGUCCUGUCAGGAGACUCUGAACCACUCAGGAUACCAAAGCAAUCACACAGGAUUGACACAGACACAUAG